AUUUCCUGCACGGAAGUUAAAUCCGAACAGGAGCUGUUCGACGAUUAAUUGGUCCACUUUCAAUGAGUUUUACGAUAUUUGCUUUUCAGAGCUAUCAAAGCCAUUAAUUAGGUAGGUCUCCUCCUUACUUGAGUCGUCCAUCUUUGUGCAUAGAACCGGUUUCGCUUUAAAAUUUCUUUCAAAUCCGGCUAAUGCUGUAGCCUGUGUAUCUAUGGAGAUGGCGGAACCUGGUCCCGCAGAUGGAGAGGAGCGCCUGGUGGAGCUGCGACCGCGAACCCGCUCCAACCCUGAAGGUGCGGAGGACCGUCGAAGCAGCACGGGUAGCCUCGGAGGCGGAGGUAAUCCUAGUUUAUCGCAACCGGCCGUGGGGAGCCGCGUCGAAGGAGAGGGCGAGGCCUCGACCAGCGAGAGUCCUCCGUCUUCCACAACCGCGACCAUCUCCACGGCCGCGGCGCAGACCCCCGCCACUGUUGCCGCACCUACUUCUGCCACAAAUGUACAACUUGCUUUGGCUGCUGCGUGCAAGGAGAGGCCCAAGCCCACGCCACAGCAGCCGACACUGACAGCCCCCGUGCCCCCACCAGCAGAGUACCAAAUCCGAGUUCCUCGUGUCAAUUGCCCAGAGAAAGUGAUCAUCUGCUUGGACCUUUCUGAAGAGAUGUGUUUACCCAAGCUGGAGUCUUUCAAUGGCUCCAAAACGAACGCCCUGAAUAUUUCCCAAAAGAUGAUCGAGAUGUUUGUCAGAACUAAGCACAAGAUUGACAAACGGCACGAGUUUGCUCUGGUGGUGGUCAACGAUGAUGCUCUGUGGCUCUCAGGCUUCACUUCAGACCCCAGGGAGCUUUGCAGCUGUCUGUACGACCUGGAGACCAACGUGUGCGAGACGUUCAACUUGGAAGAUCUUCUCAAUGUCAUUCGUCAAAAGAUUGAACUGCCGUCCAUGGAGAAUGUUCAAACUGUGCCGCCUCCUUAUGUGGUGCGGACCGUACUUAUUUACAGCCGCCAUGCUGGACAGCUACAGCUCAGCCCUUCUGAGGCUGUCAGUAAAAUGCUACAGUCUCCCUACUUUUUCUUCGACGUGGUCUACCUCCACAACGGUGCGGAAGAUCACGGGGAGGAUACAAGCUGGCGGGACAACUACACCUCUUUCUGCAAUCUCGACUCAAAGGGCAUGUGCUACCGCUUCGAGGUUUCCUUGAGUGGACCUGCCGUUGAGCUGCACAACUGCAUGGCCAAGCUUCUCGCGCACCCUCUGCAGAGACCGUUCCAGAGUCAUGCGUCGUACAACCUCCUGGAGGGAGACGAGGCGCAGGACAUUGAGGCCACCGUCUAGAGGUCCUGUUCUAUGGGAAAUAAAUGCACACUGUAAAUGAGUAGACCAGCGGCUGGAUUGUAGUUUUCUGUUUUGGGCACUCGGAGCGCUAACGUCAAGAUGAGGUCUGAGUCCAUGUGUAACGUGGACCUGUAGCACUGAAGAAGUGACUGGAACAUAAUUGUACUGUUGUGCACGGUCUGGAAGAUUUUCUUAUUCUAGUUGGUUAUGUCGGCGGCACGGUGGAUCAGCUGGUAUAGCGUUAGCCUCAAAGAUCUGAGGAGCCAGGUUCGAUCCUGGCCCCGCCUGUGUGGAGUUUGCAUGUUCUGCCCGUGCCUGCGCGGGUUUUCUCCAGGCACUCCGGUUUCCUCCCACAUCCCAAAACCAUGUAACAUUAAUUGGACACUCUAAAUUAUUCCCUAGGUGUGAUUGUGAGUGCGGCUGUUUGUCUCUAUGUGCACUGGGAUUGGCUGGUGACCAGUUCAGGGUGUACGCCGCCUCCUGCCAGUUGACAGCUGGGAUAGGCUCCAGCACUCCCCGCGACCCUUGUGAUGAUAAGCGGCAAAGAAAAUGGAUUAAUGGAUGGAUAGUUGGUCACGUCAUGCAUAUUUUUUCCCUUCAUUUCUUUGAUUAUCCAUCUAUGUUCUGUGAACCGCUUAUCCUGAUUCGGGUUGAAGGCCUGCUGGAGCCCGUGCCAGCUGACUGUGGGCGAGAGGCGGGGUACACUCCAAACUGGUCGCCAGCCAAUUACGGAGCACAUUCACAGCGAUGGGGAAUUUAGAGUCUUCAACGAAUGCAUGUUUUCUGGGAUGUGGGAGGAAACCAGGCCGGAGAAAACUCACAGAGGCACGGGGAGAACAAGAAAACUCUACCCAAGCGGGGCUGGAUUUGAACCCCGAUCUUCAGACCUGUGCGGCAGAUGUGCUAACCAGUGCCGCCUCUUUUUGGAUAUAUUUUGAUUUUUAUAAUUUUGUGUUAUAGUUCGUUUGAUGUAUCCAAAGCAAGAUCCAAGGAAAUAGCUGUAUGAAAUAAUGUGACUUUGCGAAGGUAACGAGGCUGAAGCCAUUUGAGUUUUAUUUUUGAGAUUGUAGUUUGUAGUGGUGUGCAACUGCACAUCAUCAUACUGAGAGUUGUUCCUCAAAAAUGAUCAUAGCGUGGCUAUUUUUGCAAAGCCUCCAGACAGCAAAAUAGUCAUUGAGAUUGUAUGCUCUGUAUUGAACAACAAAACUGAUCAUACUGCACUUGUAAUACUUUUUAUAAGGUUUCUUGAUGCCAAAAGUUUUUGGGGAGUGGUUCUCCACACAGUUGUCAGGAGAUGGCAGUGUUUCUCCUAGAAAUGAUGUUCAAAAUGGAAUCCAGUGUAGCUUAAACUUUAUGUGUGGCCUUUCCAUCCAUGUAAGUGCAAGCCUGCUUAAAAAGUACACUUAAAACAUUUCGCUUGAAAUUCUGUUUGGAGUCUGUUUAUUGGACAGAAUGGGCAAGAUUGAAGUGGAUUCUCUUUAUGAACGAUAUCUUUUAUCUAGGUUGAGUGCAAUUAUUACACUUGUGCUCCAGACGUUAUGCAUCUGCCGUCUCCUGUUACUUAUCUAAAGUAGUGGUUUUGUCUUAUCCCUGCAAGCCAAGAUUUCCUGUUUUUAAUGCAACGUCUGUCUGCGCUUGUGCCGGUUAUUCCCUUUCUGUCACUCACGGGCCUUCAUAAUUGAGGUUUUCCCCGGACGCGCCGUGUUGUUAGCGAGACAAUGGGGGGCAGGAAAGCUCGGGGCCCAGAAGACCUUUCCCCUUUUCCACUCUGGCCCUGCGCUGUCGGCCGCUCCUCGCGUCACGGCUGCAGAUAACGGCGUGCGGGAGGGCCCGUCGACUCUGCACCGCAGAGAAUUUGUUAUCCACUCAUCCCUGAAGAAUGACAGCUCCCCAUUGUUUUCAUUCCUUCACUCCUCCGCUACCAUGACUCCUUUCCGCGCUCGCUUGGGACAGGAUAUGCCGUUUUCUUAUUUUGUUCAUCUACAGUCUGGGGAAUGCGGGGAGGCGGCGGUGCAAUUCGUGACCAGAAAUUGCAGUAUUCAUUAGUUUUCAAUUAAUUUAUUUUUAAGUGUCAUACAUGUAGUCAGUAAUUAGACAUACCCGUUACUAUUGAGAGGAAAAGGGGAAAAUACAGGUGCUUACAAAACAUUCAUAUAAAAACAUUUUCACGACAAGAAGCUGCUGAGUACAUGGACUCUGAUAGGUCAAUCUCGAGUAUGUGUACAGAGCAUGAAAUGCAUUAAAAAUAUAUAUGAUUUGUAUUAUUGCAGUGGUUAAUAACAGGAAUAAUACAAUAUAAUCCUGCAGAGUGAGCUGUAAUAUGUGCUGUAUGGUUAGAGAGAUGAAUAAUGAA